GUCUUCAGUAACACCAGGGAUCUGUGAGAUCAGGAGUAAACUUCUCCAAGGCUUCUUUACGACAUCCAUCAUACCGGUCGUCAAUAACAGUUAAAUCAUGCGACCAGAGAAAGCCCAUUUCCGGUUUGUGAAGCGCCAAAACAGAAACAUCUGUUUACACCGAGUUAUAAACAGAAGCUGGAAGGAGACUCAGAAAAAACAGGUAAUGCGGCCCAGUGAAGUAGAAGGACAACGUUACAUGCUAAUCCAGUGUUUAUUAUAAAACCUCCACUUUGCUGCAAUCACAGCUGCAAGUGUUUUGACUCAUUGAAUUGCAUAUAAGUGGUUACCAGGACCUGAGGAUGAGCAGGUGGGGCGAGCGGCUGAAGAAGGUGGAGCGGCUGGCUCAGUCGUUUCAGCAGAACCCCCUGACGACGCCGUACAAGCCUCGGCUGUGGCCGUGCCAGCCCUCCUCUGUCUGGAAACUCUUCCCUCGACAGAACCUGGCCAUCAGCUUCGCUCACAGCUUUAAAGAGGCUGUUCAUGUUUUUGCACUUGAAAAAGAAAAAGCUUCAUUGGGUCAAAGGAUUUACCUGGUCACAAGUUACAGCGAACUGUGGCAUUACUACAGGGUGUACCCGCAGUCCUUGAUGCAUUGUUAUGAGGUGAUACCAGAGGGGGCGGUGUGUAAGCUGUACUUUGACUUGGAGUUUCACAAACCCUCAAACAAAGGGUCUGAUGGGAAGUCUAUGGUUUCCCUGCUCAUCCAGUAUGUCUGCGACAAGUUGGUGGAAGUUUAUGGGGUUGAAUGCUCUGUGAAAAAUGUGCUGAACCUGGACUCCAGCACGGAGGAAAAGUUCAGUCGACAUCUUAUCUUCAUGCUACAAAACGCAGCUUUUAAAGACAACAUCCACGUUGGUAGAUUCAUCCAUGCUAUUCUUCAGCCCAUAAUAAGCAAGCUCAAAAGCGACAGCCGUCUUCAUGAAGGGGACAUUUCACUGACAGACGACAGACAGUCGGUUUUCGUUUUAAGACUUGUCAAAAAUAAAUGUCCACUUGUCAUAACCUUGUGUAAUUCUUCUUCUUCUCAUUGCAGCACCAAUAUUGAUUCUGCACCAGCUCAGAGUCCAGAAAGGAAGAGGCAGAAACAGGAAGUGAGAGAUCUCAGCUUCCUGCUGGUGAAAAACAAGGACGGUCGUGACGGUCUUUUUGUUGAUCUGGGUGUGUACACCAAGAACAGGAACUUUCGGCUGUACAAGUCCUCAAAGGUGGGGAGGAACGCAGCAUUCACCGUGGCUGAAGACAACCAGUUCACCGCCAAACCUGCUAAAGAAAAGUCUGCUGAGGAAACUGUCUUCCUGGCAUCUUUAGUGUGUAAUGUCAGUUUCACAGGCCAGAGGAUUCUGACAUGGGACGCCCCAGAAACAAAAGUUACAAGUCCAAGAGCACAAAGUCAGCAGGGACUUGAUUCAAAUCAAGGCACAUUUUCUGGCUGCCUGUCCUCUCCUUACAAAGAAGUGGACAACUUUGUGUUUACUUUGGUCAGAAAGGAUGGGGUUCAGGGAAGCAUUCGACGAUGGAACUACUUUGCUGCAGACCAACUUCUUGUCUAUGACAUUGCCAAAUACCGCUGGUGUGAAAACGUGAGCAGGUUCCAUAAGAGCAACAACAUCAUGAUUGUUGUGGACCUUAAAGAGGAGGUCUGGUACCAGAAGUGUCAUGAUCCAGACUGCAGGAACUUCAGGUCCUCAAGUUUCCCGCUUCCACAAGAGAUCUGUGUCAGCUACAUCCUGACACUGGACGAGGAGGAUCAGGCGUACCUAAUGGACGACACUGGCAACAUUGAACCCAGCCAGGCCCCGAGCAGCUCCAUGCGUCCGACAGAGGCGACUCCUGAAGUGUGGGGAGACGAGCAGGACGAGCGAGAAUUUUUGAAGAGCCUGAAUGAUUUUGAACAAAGAAGUACUGAGAUCUCAGAUGAGCUUCUUCUCACAUGUGCGGCAGACUUUGACUCCUAGCGGGCGACUAAGAUCGGCGUUUCCAGUCGCCACAGCAGAACGUGCUCCGAAACAAAUCAUAGUUUAAAACAACUUUUUCACUCAGGAUAAAUAAAUGGUGGUAGAAUGCUAUUAAAAGAUGCACAUAUUUGUAAGAUAAUAAUACUGCAGUCACCUUAAUGUUCUUAUAACUUAAUUAAUGUGCAAUAAUCUGUUUAUUAAAUGUUUCUGAAGUCCAAA